AUCCUCCCCUCUGGUAUGUUUGUGUUUAGACUGCGUUGGAGUUUAACAGGGUUUCUCCUUCACAGCAGCGCCUUUGCUCUGCCAUCGCUCCUAAAAUACUUGACCUGGGUUCACCCGAGGAGGCAUAAAUAGUUCUCGGCCCACCGUCUCGGCCAGCGUUGUAAGUUUAUUUGAGGUAUUUCGAGUUUGUUGUUAGAAUUUGUUUUCAUUUUCGGUCUUUCGUUUCAUUUGUAGCGCAGUUCUGCCGCAUUCUCGAACCUGAUUGGUCAGAAGGUGAUGAACUUCGUCCAGUGGCGGUAGCAGGGCUGUGACCGAGGCUUCUGCAUAAACUUGUUGAUUCUGCGAAGCUUUCAGUUUUAAGUUGGACGAAGUUUGGAACUGCUCGAUCCCUCUCUCACACACACACACACACACACACACAUACGCGCAUCCUGACAACCGGACCACCAUGAGCAGAAGUUACAGCGUGUCCCUGACCGGACCCUCACCCUGGGGCUUCAGACUGCAGGGGGGCAAAGACUUUAGCAUGCCUCUCACCAUCUCCAGAUUGACGGAUGGAGGAAAAGCAGCCAAAGCGAAGAUCAGCGUAGGAGACGUGGUGCUGUCCAUCGACGGCAUCGCGACGGACACCAUGACUCACCUGGAGGCUCAGAACAAGAUCAAAGCCUGCACGGGCAACUUGAGCCUCACCCUGCAGAGAGCGUCCAGUGUUCCCAAAGGCGAAGUUCCCAAGGAAGAAUCACCGGAGAUCAUUAAACCCGUGCCCAUCAGCCACCAACCUCCCCCUGCCCUUAGCGCCAGCCCCACCAACCCUCCCCCAAGUAGUGCCUACAACAAGACGGCCCGCCCCUUUGGAGGAUCAUCUAAUUUCAGAGCAGUCAGCCCGUCUUCCAUUCCUGCAGCACCCAAAGCCUCCAUCCCUUCUGCCUCCUCAGCUUUCACCCCCGCUGCUCCCUCCCAGCAGCCUCCACCACAACCCCCCUUCCCACUGGCCAGCAGCUCCACCUCCCGCACCGUCUCCUCUCUUAACCCUGCCCACAAACCCGGCACCGCUUACUCCCCUUUCUCUCACUCCUCCUCCUCCUCGUCCUCUGGCUCGUCUUCGCCAGCCAGAGUGACAGGCCCCAGCCCCUUAUCUGCUCCUGUUGUCCCACAGCCUUCGGUCUAUAACACGCCAAUCAACCUGUACUCCAAUGAGAACGCAUGCGAGGUGGCUAUGGGCCAGAGGCGCGGCCUACUGGAGCAACAAGGUGGAGUGGAGCCUCAGAAUGGAGUUCCCAGGAAGCCCAUCGCAGAUACGGAGCCGGCGGUGAACCACGGCUCUCACCUGAGCGACGCCAGUAAAAAGCGUCUGAUCGAGGACACCGAGGACUGGCACCCACGCACCGGGACCUCUCAGUCCCGCUCCUUCCGCAUCCUGGCACAGAUCACGGGCACGGAGAACGAACAAGCCCACGAGAGCAGUCCAGGAAAGAAUGAGGCUGUAGAGGACGUCCAUGCGAACACUCAUGCCACGUCCGUGGUUAAAACCAUGACCAAAGUGUCACGGACUGGGAAUGGAGUCCCUCAACCUACCACUGUGACUACCAAGAGCUGGCAGUCUGGAAACACUGCAGGACUUCCUAAAGCAGGUGUGCCAGCAGUGCAUACAGGGCGGGUGACCGGUGGCGUUCAGAAGGGUCCUGACCGCCCCGCGCCCCAGCCUCACCCCAAAGACCAGGAUUCGCUGGUGCAGAGAGCAGAACACAUCCCUGCUGGAACCCGCACUCCCAUGUGUGGUCACUGCAACAUGGUUAUCAGGGGUCCGUUCCUGGUGGCUAUGGGGAAGUCAUGGCACCCGGAGGAGUUUAACUGCGCUCACUGCCGCAGCUCUCUGGCCGAGGUGGGCUUUGUGGAGGAGCGCGGCGCCGUUUACUGCGAGCACUGCUACGAGCAGUUCUUCGCCCCCAGCUGCUGCCGUUGCCAGCAGAAGAUCCUUGGGGAAGUCAUCAAUGCCUUGAAACAAACCUGGCAUGUGUAUUGCUUCCUGUGCACUUCCUGCCAGCAGCCCAUUCGCAACAACACCUUCCACCUCGAGGAUGGACAGCCCUACUGCGAGAGAGACUAUUACAAUCUUUUCGGUACCAGUUGCCAUGGCUGCGACUUCCCUAUCGAGGCAGGGGACAAAUUUCUGGAGGCUCUGGGCUUCACCUGGCACGAUACCUGCUUCGUGUGUUCGGUGUGCAGCACCACUCUAGAGGGUCAGACUUUCUUCUCCAAAAAAGACAAGCCGCUGUGCAAGAAGCACGCACACACUGUCAAAAUCUGAUCUUCGAGAGAAGCAGUCAAUGGGAGGAAUUUAAUUAAAAGAGGUGGGCGGGGGGGGAAACAAAAGCAUUUAGUGUUUAUUAUAUGAGAGUGAUUUCUAAGGUAUUGGUAAAGACGUUACUGGGAACGGUGGUUAGUUCUCCGAUACGCUGAUCGUCGGAGUACGCACCGUAUCCGUACCGUACGUCGCUAGUCUUUAUGUUUUGUGUGUGGAGCUCUAUGAAAUAAAGUAUUGAUGAGAAUCAUGAUGCUCUGGAAGACAGUAAUAUAUCAUUUGCUAUGUGCUUUUAUGUAUUAUCUGUCCUCUUCAACGCACAUAUUGAUGAGUAGCUAUAAAUGUACUGUUCUCAUGGUGUUUCCUCGUCUUUCUGUUGCUCGAGCAUUUACGUAUUAUGAUGUGUUUAAAAAAAAAAACAAACAAACAAAAAAAAAUCUUAUGUAGUCAACAUGACGGUGAAAUCAGUGAGAUGUGGUGUUGUUUUUUUUUUUUUGUUAAUAAUCUGAGCUUCACUGAAACUAAAUUGCAGAGAGUUUUGCUCACGUGUCCUGCACCUUUUCUCACAGGCUUCAGUAAUAAAAGAUGCUUUAUCCGAUCGCCUCUUAGCACGUAGGUGUUGAUUCAGAGCUACGCGUUUGAUCGGCACUCACUGCUCCAUCUCCGCCUCCACCUCCAUCUGCUACUCCCAGGCUCUGGAACAUUUUCCCAGGUAUAUUUAUUAACGCAUUUACAGGGUUCCCGAUUGCUUCGCGCAUAUUUUCACACACUUCCUCUGACUAUAAAGAGGAAAAUUGGUUUAACAGUUAACGGUGAUGUUUUACGUAAAGAUGCAUUUUGGAGCCGUGUGUCGAAUCGCUCGACGGCGCGGACGUCGCUCGUCAGUGUAUUACUUUAGCUACGAUAAACACGUCAUAAUUCUUAAGGUGAAACAUUUUCGUUUUUAUAAGCUCUAAUGUGCACUCUGGUGUUAUGUUGUUGUUGUGUAUUUUUUUUUGUUUUUUUUUUCCCUCUCCAUCUGUUCUGCAAAAGUUUGUCACUUUCCAACUAUGAAACGGGGAAAAUAAACACUGUUCUUAACAAGC